AUGGCGGAAACCCUAAGCCCUAAUCCCGCGAUGGGUCAGAAGCAGAGGCUCCCCGUGGCCGCUCGCAUCCAAUCUCCGACCAGCCCCUUCUUCUUGGGCUCCAACGACGACCAGCUCGAACGUGCCCAGGCCCGCGCAGCUCGCGCUGCUGCCAUCCGCCGCAAGAGCCUCGCCGUUUCCCAAUCUUUUGACGCCAAUUCCGAUCCCGUUCUCAAUAAGCAGCAGAUCCUCGAUUUGUUCCAAAACUGCAUAAAGCUCGCCAGCGAAAACAAAAUUAAUCAGAAAAACACGUGGGAGUUGAACUUGAUUGACCACCUUACUGAUAUUAUUAAAGCUGAAGAUGAAAAUGAUGUGGAGACUAAUUUUCAAAAGGCAAGCUGCACUCUUGAGGCUGGAGUCAAAAUUUAUUCAUUAAGGGUGGAUUCAGUGCAUUCUGAGGCAUAUAAAGUUCUUGGUGGGAUGAAUAGAGCAGGCCAAGAAGCUGAGCAAGACACUACUCUGGAGGGUGUUAAUAUUGAAGGUGGACAAGAAGAAGGAAGUGGGAAAGAGACAAACAAAAAGUUGUCACCUUCUUCAACCCUGGAAUCAUCUUUUGAGGUUCUUAAUGUAAAGAAGUUUGAUGCUGCAUUUGUUGUGGAUCCCCUCUAUCGCCAGACAACAGCAAAAUUUGAUGAAGGUGGAGCCAAGGGUCUUUUAAUGAAUAAUCUCGGUGUAUAUGGUGGAUGUAGGGUGCUCUUUGAUUCACUAGAAGUGCCUGCAAAGUGUAUGGCAAGCCCAAAUCAACAUGAUAUUUCAGAUACAAUUGAUCUUUCUUUUGCCAGAGAUUGUGUUGAGCAGAUGGUAUUGAACAUGCGUGUGAAGGAUGAGAUUUCUCCAACUCUCAGGACUAUAGUAAACCAAUUCGAUGAAAAUAAUAGAAGGCCUACUGAUUUUCAACUUCAUGGCCAGAAUUCAGCUGAAGAGCUUGAUGCUGCUUUAAAUUGUGAAAAUGGGGCUGACAGAGAAGAAUAUGAGAACUGCACGACCUGGAGUGAUGAUCAUGAUGACCAAACAGUUGUUGCUGAUAUGGGCUCUAAUGAUGCAGAUCCAAGUUAUCCUAGUUACCCUCAGGAAAAUGAGGUAUUUCCUGCCCCAGAGCCUGAUAUGGACGACAGAUUUGAAAAUGUUGAUGGGUAUUUAUUUUUGAGUCUGGGUUUUAGUUCAAAACAAAACGCAUGGGCAGGCCCUGAUCAUUGGAAGUAUCGAAAAUCCAAAGUCUCAGAGGUUCAUCCUAUUUCUGAAGAUGGGUUAACCCUAAAAACAAGGCAGCCAAGGAGUAAGAGACAUGCCGAAGUUGAUUUAGAUUUCACAAAUUCUCUUGAGAAAGAAAUGUCAGACAUAUUUUCUCCUCCCAAGAAUCCCAAAUCGUUACUGCUCCCAGAAAGCAGACUGCCUUGCAACACUAAACUUCCAGAGGACUGUCACUAUCAGCCGGAGGAUCUUGUCAAGUUAUUUCUUCUGCCUAGUGUGAAGUGUCUUGGGAGGAGGGCAAAAAGGUUCUCAGAUGGAUCUAGAGAACAAUGCAAUGAGUAUGAAUCAUUCCCUUCCUGGGAUAAUGAAAAUGUUUGUGGUGGUGAUUCUGGUGACUAUGAAGGUGAUCUUCAUAGUGACAUGGAAGAUUCUGGCACUCUUAUUACUCAGCCUCGUCAGGUCAAUAAAAUUGAAGUCCAGUAUGACAAAACUUCCAAACAAGUUGAUGUUCAUGCAUUGAAAAUUACUCUUUGGGACCACGUUCAAGAAUCGAGUAAACUUCCUUUUCAGGGUCAAGAAGAAGUGGUAUCUUUCAGGAAUGUAUUGGCCAACUUUCCUAGCGAAUGCGACGCUGCUGCAACUAUUAGUGACAUCUCUCCUCAUUUGUGCUUCAUAUGUCUAUUGCAUUUGGCAAAUGAGAAAGGCUUGAGCAUUCAAAGCUGCCCCAACUUGGAUGAUCUUGUCAUAUGCCUUCCACAUGUUGGUGAUGCUAUAAGUGGAACAGUUUAAAUACUUCACUUAGUUACUCUUUAGUUCAGGAAUUAGAAAAUAGUUUGAUGGGGAUUUUACUGCUGAAACAAGUCCAAGAAAGAAGUGAAGUGUGUAACAAGUCUCUUGUGGUUGGAGGG